AUGAGAUCUCCUGCCUCUCCUAGUGGGUGCUCACGGGGUAAAGGGCAAAAUCAGUUUUCACAUAUGAAAAUGUCUUCUCAGUCAGUUGUGAGAUCUCCAGGAACAAGUGGAGGAUGUACAACUCCUACAGGACGUUCACCUACAAUUGAUGGCCACUCUCCUUCUCUGACACCUUCUCCAUUAGCUGGUCUUGUGCCUAAUCUUACUCCAAUAAGUACUCCUUCUCCAACAGCUAGUGGUACUGGAAUACAGACUUCAGCUAAUAGUAUGCGAAAUGCAUCUAACUCUGGUGUUGUAGCUCCAUUGACCUGUGAUAUUUGCAAUAAAACCUUUACCUCCCGCUCAAAUCUCAAUAAGCACAAGCGAGUUCAGCACUCAGGGGAAGAGUAUGUUUGUCCUAUUUGUUGUCGGACAUUUAGAAAUAGGUAUUACAUUAAGGAACAUGUUCUGUUAUGUUCAACGGCCACCCAAAAGAAAGCUGCAGCUGCUGCAGCUUCAGUAGUUAUUAGUGGUGCAGUGUCACAAGAGGGAUUAGUAGGGAGUGGCGGGGAAGGUGAUGAUGACGAUGACAUUCAGGAAAGCAAAAUGAUAAUUGAUGAUCAUGAUGAAAUGGAAGAUGAUCAGCCAACUAAUUUGGUACUGCGGCGCCCUGCUUCACCUACUUGA